AGCUGCCUUGUGAUUUCACUCAUGCAUAUUCAUAGGAUGGCAAGCUGAACAAGGGGGUAGGGACAUUUUAAAACCAGGUGAGCGUCAGGAGCCCUUAUUGACACAGCAGUUGUCCAGACCGAGGAGGAACACCAGAUCCAUAAGCUGGGUGAAAUGUGACAUUUCCCGGACCGUGAAAACGUUUUAAUAUUUCCAAAGGCAGGACAGGUGUCCAGAGGUGCCGUGGACAAAUCUCUGGCUGUUGACAGCAUAUUUAGUGGAAACCGUCAGUGGAAGGCGAUGAGUGCAAAGGACCCGCCAUCUUCACCGCCUCCCUACAUCAUCCCAGUGGCCGACAAAAGGGAUGACGUCAAGGUCUACCACCUGCACACUCCCUUCAACCCGCCACAGUCGACAGAGGGAAACCAGUACAGAGUUCAGACGUUUUCUACCAGCCAAGCAGACCAGAGAUCCAAAAACAAAUUUGUGAGCUAUGAGACGGAGCUGGGCCGAUCUCCGGGGUUGACGACCUGCGUCUCCUGCCAGCAGCAGGUCAUGACUAACGUCACCUACAAAGUGGGAACCUAUGCAUGGCUUAUAUGCAUCCUCUUUAUCUUGUGCGGGCUUGUGUUGGGUUGCUGUUUGCUCCCCUUCUUCCUGAAGUUCUUCAAGGAUGUGUACCACUCCUGUCCCCGGUGUAACCAGAUCCUCCAUGUGGAGAAGAAGCGCUGUUGCUAACCCGAGGCCCCCCAAGGGCAUCCGAGGACAGUCCUGCUCCACUCUUUUUAAGCAUGCUUUUAAUUCUGCUGUAAAAGAGCCCCACAGUUAAAAACACAGGCAAUUUGAUCAUUUUCUGUGCUUUUUUUUGUUUGUUGAAGUUGAAGAAGCAGGGCUGAUAUUCGAAAAUGCCAAUGCUGGUAAAGAAAAAAAAGGUUAUAGACUAACAAGUCAUGCAUUGAGUGUCACUAAGGUUUCUGAGGGUACAAUUACAUAAUGGCUUACCUGUUAUAUUAUGUUUAAUCGUUGUUAAAUUGAUUGUACUGUGUAAAUAAUGACAUCUAUGGUGUUGGGGGGGAAGGCCUCUUCAGUGUUUACCAGUUAAUAUUACCAGUUAAGCUUAGACAUUAAUAAAUUACACAUACUAAAAAAGGCUGUGGUGUAAUUGAGAAAAUGAUCAGAACUGGACCAGUAACAAAUGUAUACUGACUUCUUGUAUUACGUAUCUUGCAUUACAUAUCGAUUCCUGACCAAAACAGUUUUUCGGUUUUUUUGUAAAUUUAUCUGUAGAAGAAACAGAAGUUCCUUCCAAGCUGACUGAUGGCCACAGAGAGCAACUAAAUUGAUUAGGAGUAUGGAGCCUCCUCAAUUCAAUUCACCUCCACACUGCCAACGAUCAAUAUGAUGAACAAAUUAAUUGUUCAAAAAUUGCACACUGAAAACAUUUGUGGACACAGUAUUUUUU